GAAACUAGUGCUUCCACUUGACCAAAUCACCACCUUCGUAACUCCCAAGUUCCAAGUACCAAAAAAUAAAAAUAAAAAAAGCUUUCAAGUACCAAAACCGAAAGUUCGCCUGAACAACCUUCCGGACCAAGUCAUCCCUCGUCUUCUAACCCUCGCAACAUUUUCUUCUCCGUCUACCUUUAAUUUUAAGUUUGCUGGGUUUUUAGGUUGAUUUUUGGUAUUUGGUGUUGAGCUUGGGGUUGCAAAGAUGGGUGAUAACUUGAUGGAUAAGGUGACCUCCUUGGGUGAGCGAUUAAGGAUUAGCGGGACUGAGGUUGGUAAGAAAAUGAGCGAGGGUGUGAGCUCCAUGAGUUUCAAAAUGAAGGAGUUUUUCCAAGGGCCGAAUCAGGCAGAUAAGAUUGUUGAGGAGGCGACUGCUGAGACACUCGAGGAGCCGGAUUGGGCUACAUAUUUAGAGAUAUGUGACAUGGUUAAUCAUGAGCGGAUCAAUAUUGUUGAAUUGAUUCGAGGGAUAAAGAAGCGGAUUAUGUUGAGAACGCCAAGAAUUCAGUAUUUGGCUUUGGUGUUGCUUGAAACAAUUGUGAAGAACUGUGAGAAGGCAUUCUCUGAGGUUGCAUCCGAGAGGGUUCUUGAUGAGAUGGUGAAGUUGAUUGAUGAUCCUCAGACUGUUGUUAUGAAUAGGAAUAAGGCGCUUAUGUUGAUUGAAUCCUGGGGGGAAUCCUCAAAUGAGCUUAGAUAUUUGCCUGUUUUUGAAGAAACAUACAAGAGCUUGAGGUCGAGAGAAAUUCUCUUCCCUGGACAUGAUGAUGAGAGCUUGGCAUCAAUUUUUACCCCUCCACGCUCUGUAUCUGAAGCAGAGUUGGAAGCAAGUCUUGCACAGCGUGAUAUUCCUGUACAAAGCUUUUCUGCUGAAGACACUGCAGAAGCAUUAAAUGUGGCACGCAAUAGUAUUGAACUUCUUUCAACUGUUUUAUCAUCUUCACCCCAACAAGAUGUGCAAAAGGAUGACCUGACUACUAUGCUGGUACACCAGUGUCAGCAAUCCCAGUCUACCAUUCAGAGAAUUGUCGAGACUGCUGGUGACAAUGAAGCCCUCCUUUUUGAGGCCUUAAAUGUAAAUGAUGAAUUCCAGAAAGUCUUCAACAAAUAUGAAGAUAUGAAAACGCCGUCUAUAGUUCCAGCAGCACCUGAGCCAGCCAUGAUUCCUGUUGCCGUUGAGCCUGAGGAGUCACCGUGUGCUGGGAAAGAAGAUGCACUUGUAAGAAAAUUACCUGGAUCUCGAAGCACUUUUCAUGGAGGUCAGCAUGAUGACAUGAUGGAUGAUCUUGACGAGAUGAUCUUUGGCAAGAAUUCCGGCACCCCUUCAUAGGUUGGCAUCAAGCCAACUAAACCACAGUCUGCAAAAGACGACCUCAUUUCAUUUUGAGGUUUAUAUAUAUGUUAGGUUAUCUUGUGUUCUAUAUUGGUGGUUGUUGCCUGGACCAUGUUUGAGACUAUAGGAUUACAAUACUUCAAAAAUUAUGAUGUACAGGAUUUACAAUAUUCAUUGAAAAUGGCCGCUCCUCUGUAAAUGGUAGAUUCAGUAAUCUUAUAACCUUUAGGAGCCGUGCUUGGGAUUACAUGAUUAGUGUACUAUUGGUUGCAUUGUCAAAUAGGGUUCUACUUAUGUAUAAACUUAAAUUGCUAAAAUGGAUAGCCAUUUUCGUGGGGUUAGGCUUAUGGAUAUAAUGAAAAGAGAAUUUUAAUGUUGCUUUAUUUUAUAAAAGAAUGGCAGGGUAUUUAAUUAAUGCAUAAUUUAUAAAUUACAGCCUUUAAGUUAGGGGCUUGAAUUAUUGUAUAUUUUUAUUUUAUAUUACAGACAUUAAAGUAUUAGAGUCAACCAUUUAGGUUAAGGUGAAAAUUGGUAGCCUUAUCCCAUAUACUACAUCACUUUUUCCUAAAAACAUAGUGGAAUACG